ACUAUAAGCCCAUAAAUCAUUAGGAGUAUUAUUGAGAGUGUUCUGUUUGUGUGACAGGCUCCCCCCACCCCACUCUCCUGCUAAAUAAUUAAUGUGAAUUUAAGUGCCCUUUUGUCUUUGCUCAUCCAAAUACCAAAUACCACAUAUCAGAUAUCACACACUCAAUCUCUCCAUCCUCCACCACGGCACUGAGGUGCGCAUGUAGACAGAAUUUGUUUGACAGAAUUUGUUAAUUGUUAUACAGGCAUUCACAGAAGUUGCAGUACGUUGUCAGAAAAAGGAAGCUUCUUAUUUCUUAACAGUAUAGAGAAAAUAAUAGAGGCUGAAAAUUUGACGAUAUGGGGGUGUGUUCGAGCAAGAUGAAAAGAGGAAGGUAUGUAAGGAAAGAUGAUCCAAGGAUGUUUAUACAGAAAAUGAAGCAACUACAGCAGGAAAUCAGUGCAAUAUUGAAGCAAAGGGAGGAAGAGACAGAGGUGUAUGAGAGGGAACUCAUGUUGUUUGCGUUCAGAGAAACGGAGUGGAAGAGAGACCGGAAAAAGCUCCGGGAAGAGGUUAAGGGAUUGCGUAGGAGCUUGGAGGACCGAGAACAAAGGAUUAGACGGAUGGAAGUGGAGCCUGGAAUCACCGACAAAUCAGAGCAAGAUAAUCAUACUACUCAUACUAGUACUACUACUACUACUACUACUAGUUCUAGCUUCUUGCUUGUGGAAAACAUGAGGGAAGAAAGAGCAACAAGAGAUGAGGCUGUUGAAAAAUGGAAGACGUUGUAUUUGGCUAUUAAGCAUGAACUUGAUCAUCUCAUUCAAAGGACACAUCAAGGGACACUUUACUGGAGAGCAGAUGAUGAAGAUUUGAUGGAAGAUCUGCAAAAGGAGUUAAAGGCAAAGGAUGAAACAAUACAAGUGUUGAAAGCACAAUUAGCUUCAAUGGAGGAUGAAGAUUAUAAAAGAAAGAGGGAAGUAGACAUUCUCAGACAAAGCUUGAGAAUAAUGAGCAUUAAUAGUAGUAAUAAGGGACCAACUUCUUCUGCAAAGGUUAAGAAACUCUCUACGAAUUCAAUCCGUUUUACCAAAAAGCUUGCAUUUGUAAACUAGAACAUUAAUUAUAUAAACUAGUAUUAAUAUCGGAAUGGAUGGGUUUAGUACUUAGUAUAUAUCCAAUCAAAAGAGAAAAUAUGUUUCUGAUAAUAGUAAUAUUUACUCAUUUUCGAUUGUUUCAUCUGUAAAUAUUUGUUGUUACUUUCAAA